UAGUUUAGCAUUGAAAAUGAAACAUGUGCAGUAUUUGUUGUAUCCACCUCAGGUGAUGGUGAUCCUCCGCACACAGCAGUCAAAUUUUUUAGACGUCUAAGCAGGACUUCAUUAAGCCGAAAUUAUUUAGAAAAGCUAAAUUUUACAUUGUUAGCACUUGGAGAUUCCAACUACUACAGAUUUUGUCUUUUCGGCCGUUUAUUAGAACUUAGAUUAAAAGAGUUAUCUGCUCAAUCUUUUUAUCCUAUGGGCUUUGGAGAUGAUGCUUAUGGAAUUGAGACUGGAGUAGAUCCUUGGAUUCAGAAUCUAUGGCCUGCAUUAUGUAAACAACUUGGUGUGCCAUUUGUAUCCAGUGAUUCAUUGCAUGCAAGUUUAAAUAAAUUUACAUCAAACAUUAGUGCAACUUUUGCUUCUAUUUUAAACAAUUUAAAAAUGUCUUGUGAUGAGGAACAGUCUUCAGAACAUACAUUAUUGACUGAUGCCUUAUUGCUGAUUCUUAAAGAUUUUGAUGUGGAAAAAUGCCGUACUCCUAGGCUUCCAUCUCCAGCUUUGGCUAUAAGUUUUGAAGAAACUCAUAAAGUAAGUUAAUUUUACUUUUCCGCUCAAACAAAAUGUAAUGAAAUAUUUUUACUUUUCAUCUUUAUAUAUGCAAGCUGUUUCUAAACUAAUGCAACAAAUAUUAAUGAGUGAUAAAGCACACACCAAAAAGAACACUUU